AUUCCAACUACAUCUAAUCUCUCUCAAGAUUUGUUCAACAAGUGGGAAGCGAUCCAAGUCCUAUAUAUGGUGAUUGACGCAAUUCCUAUGGAGAAGUGCAAUAGGAUGGAGUUUGGGAUGCGAUUGGCUAGGCAUGUGAUUCUUAAGGAAAUCAAGAAUGGCUGCAAAAAUAAUUUGGCAUUGUCUCCACUCUCUCUACAUGCUGUGUUGAAUUUGGUGGCUUCUGGCUCCACGGGACGUAUUUUGGAGCAGUUGCUAUGCUUUCUUGAAUCCGAAAGCAUUGGCGACCUAAAUGCUCAAUCUUCACAAAUGAUGACUCUUGUAACAACCAGUGAGGAAUUUCUUGAACCUGAAAACACUGGUUAUCUCAAUUAUUCCCAGACUUCCCAGACAACCACAGAAGAAGGAUCUUCCAGGAGAAGCAAUGAACUGCAAAAUAACCCAUCUGUGUUUGGGUUUUCGUUUCAUCGCUCUCCACCAUUUGGCAGUGUUGGAUUUGGUAACAGAGUCACAGGACCAUCAUCCUUAUUUUCAAGCACGGAUGAAUCGACCUAGUGUCCCUUUUCUUCUGCUAAUGGAAAUGCAGGAUCUUUGGGAUAAUUCACUUUUUAUCCCAAAUUCACCAGGAGCAAAGGAGGGCCGAUCAUAUCUUUUGUUAAUGGAAUUUGGGUGGAUCAACGGCAGCCUUUAAAGCCUUCUUUCAAACAGGUAGCUGGAGAUAUUUACAAGGCCAAAGCCGAAAACGUAGACUUUCUGAAUCAGGCUGAGAAAGUAAGAAAUGAAGUGAAUUUGUGGGCCAAAAAAGCAUCUAAAGGUCUCAUCAGUGGGCUUGUCCCACUUGGUUUCUUGAACAAAUGCACGGUACUUGUACUUGCAAAUGCACUCUCUUUCAAAGGAACUUGACUUCACCCUUUUGAUGCCUCAAACACUGAGAAUGAAGACUUUCACCUCCUUAGCGGAAGAACUGUUAAAGUUCCCUUCAUGAUUAGCUACACUAGUGAGCCACAGUUCUAUGGAUCAUUUGAGGGUUUCCAACUCCUGAAGCUUCCAUAUAAGUCUGGCCAAAACAAGAACCAAUUUUCCAUGUAUAUCUUUCUUCCUGAUGAGAAAGAUGGCUUACAAGAAUUAAUACAACGGCUUAAUUCUGAUUCCAGAUUGUUAAAUAAGCGUUGGGAUCUUCAGCAAGUGGAACUUUCUGUGAUGUAUAUUCCCAAGUUGAAGUUCUCCUAUGAGAUAAAUACUAAGAAAAUUAUGAAAGAAUUGGGAUUGACCAAGAUUUUUGAGAACAACCGGGAGAUUACAGAGAUUGUUGAUAGUCCAGAGCUUUAUGUCUCGGAUGCAAUUCACAAGUCUUAUAUUGAAGUAAACGAGGAAGGUACAAUUGCAACAGCAGUCACUGUCUUUGGUUGUGCUUGUGGCACUGCAUUACCUAUGUUUCCUCCACCAAGUUUAGAUGCUGAUCAUCCUUUCAUGUUCAUGAUUAAAGAAGAGGUGUCUCAGGUUGUUCUUUUCACUGGAGUUGUAUUGAAUCCUCUUUAA